CAUAUCGACUGAAUUUAGAGCUACGCACUAAUGUAAUCGAUAUGUUGUAUCGUGUUCUUGACAGUAAGUCAUCAUCAUGAAUGAUGAACAGUUGAAUCAGUUAAUGUUCUAUUAAUUGUACCCGACUAUGAUUAGUUUAGAUGUAAAGAGUGGGAUACAAGGUCCCCAUUGUAACACUGAGCGCACUCAACUGUCGCUAGUCUCCAUCCAGCGAUUAGUGAAAAGUGCAGAUGGUGGCGGCUGGAUUAGCAGCGAUUGAGCGAGAAACUCAUAUAUUGUUCCAUUCUUGCCCUCCUUUCCAACAAUGCUGGCCAGAAGUGUUUACCUCCCCUGCAUGAGCGCGCAGUAAACCAAUGUAAUCUGUCUCUACUCGAAUUGAUCGCGUGCCCCAAUGACGCACCAGCUGUCACCCACUUGGAACCGAUGGGUUCCUAAAAAGGAGUCCCGAUGUCCCUGAAUAUCCAGUCGAUAGCUUCACCAUUUCAGUGAAUUCACUAAUCCAAAUUCGAACUAUUUGUGUAUAUUCCAUUGGAGCUCUAUAGGCUGUUAACCUCACAAUGACAAUGUGGCCAGAGUGAAGUGAACAGGGAGACCUGAUGCCUGUUGUCCAUAUAAAACUGUAACGUUACAGGGGUGGGGAGGCAUGGCUUUGCGUGAGUCUCCGUUCUCCAACUGUUUUGUGGGAGGCCUCCAUGCAGUGGGCUGGGGCCUCAUCCUACCCUGCUUCUGGUCUCUGGAUCGCCUUAUUGCUGUGUGUCUCUCCACCACCUUGGAGCGCACACAGCGGCAAGAGCAGGAAUGCUACCUCCACCCUCUAAAGGUUUUCUUUGGUUUCAUCAUUUUCCUCACACUCUUCCUCAUCACUGCCCCCCUGGCCUUCCUGGGGUUCUUACUCUGGGGUCCGCUUCAAGCUGCCCGCAGGCCCUUCUCCUACCACCAGGGGGUGACAUCAUCAUCCGCAGGGGAAAGGAACUUGGACUUUGAGCAGACAGGAAAGGCUACAUUUGGGUUUGUGACCGCCAACCUGUGCCUGUUGCCAGACGGCCUGGCGCGCUUCAACAACCUGGGCCACACGCAGCGCCGCGCAGCCCUCAUCGGCCAGAGCAUCGUGCAGGGCGUGAGCCGACCGCACAUCCGCAUCUUCGUAGACUCCCCCAGCAGUUGUGGAACACUCAGCCCCUCCAGCAGCCUUCUCCCCACAGCCACUGGCCCCUCCACAUACGGGGCCACAGAGACCCAGCCCGCAGCGACCAACCCUCAGGACGAGGACCAAACCGAUGUAGAGGUUCCAGCAACUAACCCCAGUAACCAUGUGGUGUUUGUUCCCUGUGAUGAGACCGAGGAUCCCUCCUCCAUGCCUUCUCCUAACCCGCCUUCUUCUGUCAUCAACACCAACCAGAACUCCAACCAACAGGGCCGGAAGAGCCACCGGAACCCUCCGCGUGUUCUGCAUUCUCAGGGCCUGGGCCAGGGAGACGAUGUGCCCUGGGAUGUGUCUUCGCUGUUUCCGGCUAAUGUGGACAUGCUAUGCCUGGAGGAGGUGUUUGACAAGAGGGCUGCUUUGAAGCUAACCGAGGCCCUCCGACCCUUGUAUGGUCACAUACUGUACGACGUGGGCGUCUACGCCUGCCAGCCGCCAGGCAGCUGCUCCUCUUUUAAGUUCAUGAACAGUGGCUUGUUCCUGGCUAGCCGCUACCCAGUACUAGAGGCUCAGUAUCACUGCUUUCCCAAUGGCCAGGGCGAGGACGCACUAGCAGCCAAAGGCCUGCUCUCUGCUAAGGUCUUGAUUGGUCAGAUUCAAAAAGAGAAGAAAGCAGUUGGCUAUUUUAACUGCACACAUCUCCAUGCACCAGAAGGAGAAGGAGAAAUUCGCUUUGAGCAGCUCAAUAUGCUUACAAAAUGGAUAGGCGAGUUCCAAGCCAUGAACAAACAGGCUGAUGAGGUUGUCCUGUUUGACGUGCUUUGUGGGGAUUUCAACUUUGACAACUGCUCACCUGAUGACAGGCUGGAACAGGCGCACAGUAUAUUUGAGGAUUAUAGAGACCCCUGCAGGGUAGGGCCUGGUCAAGAGAAGCCUUGGGUGAUUGGUACUCUACUGGAACAACCGACAUUGUACAAUGAAAAUGUAAAGACACCAGAGAAUCUUCAAAGGACUUUGGAAAGGGAGGAGCUCAGAAAGCAGUUUAUUUCCCCUCCUGUGGCCCAUGUUGGUGUCCCUAUGGACUACCCUGAGCUGGGCCAGCCCUGGGUGGGGCGUCGGCUUGACUACAUCUUGUUCCGGGAGAGCUCCAUCGCCAAACAAUGCGGAACAGAAAUAGAGGAGUUUACUUUCGUGACUCAGCUUGCUGGCCUAACUGACCACAUCCCUGUCGGCCUGAGGCUGAAUGUGACCCUGGAUGCCAAUAGUGUUGAUGGUUGAGGGCUAAUGGGAUGUUAAAUCCAUGUGGUGUGAGACAGAGAUUAACUAUGCACAGCAUUACACUAGUACUGUACAUACAUUUCUUUGGGCAUUCUCCACAGGGAUUAUUACAGAGAAAAUGAACUGAUCAAUAGAAAUGCCUCAUGUGAGGAGUGCUGACUUGCACUUUUCCAGAGCGAUAUGCUGAUAACUUUUUUAUGAUAGUUCUAAUAUUGAUUUACUGAUAAUAUAGAGACCAAGUAACUCCAUAAGUUAUAUUGUAUAAAAAUUGCCCGUGUCAGGCUAAGGAAUUGUAUGUAGAUUUUAUAUGGUGACAGUUUCUUACUAUGGUAAAUAAUUUUCAUAUGAUUUAUUUUUUCACUCGGAAAUUGAAAAUGAUUGCAUAAGUGAAUGUCUGAAAAUAAAUGAAAUCUAUUCAA